UAUUUCGCAGAACAUAAUCGAAAAUGGUGGUGGGAGACAAGCUUUGGCACAAGCUGGAACUGCCAGUGCCGGCGAGCGAAGCUUGGGAGCUUUACGGCGGGCUUCAGCUGGCGAAACUGGUGGAAGAACAAUUCUCCACUCUCAUCCAAAAGAUUGAGCUCGUCCAAGGUGAUGGUGGCCUUGGCACCAUUCUCCACCUCUCUUUUGUCCCAGGUACGGGGUUAAGUGAUUACAAAGAGAAGUUCACGAAGAUAGACAACGAGAAUCGCGUGAAAGAAACGGAGGUGGUUGAAGGCGGAUACUUAGACUUGGGAUUUACCCUUUACCGAGUUCGGUUUGAGAUCAUUGAGAAAGACGGCGAUUCCUCCAUCGUCAAGUCCACCAUCGAGUAUGAAGUCAAGGACGAAUUUGCCGUGAAUGCCUCAGUUGUCUCUAUUGACGCACUUGCCAACAUUGCACUUCUUGCCAAAAAUCAUCUCACUAAACCUAAACCCUGAAUAGGUUUGGUUCCAUGGACCACGAUUCAACAUAUAUACACAAAUUCUGCUUACACAUUAAAAAUGUGUACUUUAGCAGAGAACUUAAUUAUCUUUUAACUCUUAACCUUACUGUUUUCGGAAAUAAAACUCAUGGAGGAGGAGUUCUAGUAGUCGCAUGCCUUUUGCUUAUGCUGCAUUUGUAUGCUAAUUGAUUGCCUUUAUGCCAAAUUAAAU